UGUAUGACACAAUGAGUAUCACAAACCAGAAAUCGUUCUUCGAAAAAGGAGAGAUCAAUGGAUGCAUAAAGGAGCCUCGUGGCUGCCAAGAAGCGACCGCAGCAUUGUUAUCCGAGUGGGAAAGAAGGUGGCAGCCCAUUAUUGGGCCGGAUUUGCACGAGAAGACUGCACGUUUCUUCGGGGACAUAGACAUACCCGUCUUGUGUGGCUAUGGAGGAGUUCAGAAUUUGCUGUGGAGAGCUUCAGGUGAAAUUGCGGCAAUGGAUGGCGCAGCGAGAGAUGUUCUCAAGAGCAUACCAGACCAUAUGAUCCCGGAUUUCUUCGGAUCACGUUUUCAUGAUGAAUCGGAAAGGACUGUACCUUUGGAAGAUAUUACAAAGUUCAUUCCACCCAAGUACAGACCCCUGGAGAUUCACAUACCCCGUAAAAUACCGCUCGACAAACCAAUCAUCAAGAAUGACGAGCAAAGUCGCGGAAUAUUGAAGAGCUUCAGUUCAAUCCUGAAGAAAUCUCGUUCUUGA